AUGUCGGAUGAAAAACAUAAUGAAAUGAAAAGUGAUGCUCAAUCGGUAAGUGCUGUGCUGGAGGAAGUCAAGAUUAAAAACUCACACGAUGAGCAGGAUGCUAUAUCUGCGAAAAGCAGCAAACUCAAAGACAAUAGAGCCAGAAGCUCGCCAUCAAAGAAUACGAAAAAUUUGGAAAUAUCAACGAGGAGUCAUAGCAGACUUGGAGAACAUGCUAGUCUUGACCCUUCAAAUAAGACCAAAAAAGCAGUCGAAGAUCAAAAGACCCAGGAUACAAGUACUACUGAAAACCAAACUCGUCUUUCACAGACUAGUCUGUCUAAUGGAGUUCCCAAAAUUGGCAUGAGCCAACACGUACCUGCAAGCGGUAGCACAACACCAUCGAGGCCGUCUCACUCUUUGCAACCCAACGCGCAGCUCAAUAGGAGUACUAUUAACAACAUCAACAAAUCCUUAAAAGCAAAGCAAAAAAUCAUACAUUCAAAAGAGCCACAUCCAAAAAACACUGCACUUAUUUCGAAUAUGAUCAACAAAUCUCCCCAAUCCUCGGUAUUUCCAAGCUUAUCAUCUGGUCCGAGUAAAAUAGAUUUGGAGUUUGCAGCACAAUCAAACCCUGGCUUGUUGAAAAAUAAUGGUGUUUCGACUUCGACACCUACUCUCAAAACAGGCAAUAGAGUUGCAAAUGAUGAAAAUGCAAAGCACGAUUUGACCCGACUACCCCAACCGUCGAUAGCAUCACUUCCUCAAUCACAAAUAGAGGGACAAUCAAGACAGCAAUCACAACAGGCUCUACCGUCAACAAAUUUUACCCUACAUCCUAAUAUCUCCAAUUUGAAUACGUCUUCAGUGGCAAACUUGAACGAUAAAGACAUGCCAAAUAAACAGGCAAAACAGAAAAAGAUUGCAAAGCAAAGCUCGACAAAAACUGAUUUUUUUGCUGCAAAACUUGCAAGUGCUGUGGAUGACGUUGAAAGUAGUGAUAGUGACGAAACGUUUGUGUACGAAAAUAACGACGACACUUUCGAUACGACGAAUAAUGCAAAUCCGAUGAAUCUAGCCGAUGGGGUUAGCAUUAAUGGAAGUGUGAGUGGAGCUCAUACAUCUUAUCCUGGCGGUAAGGCCCCCCCCUCAGUAUUCGAAGCUGAACAACUUAAUGAUAACAAGCCGCAUAGAUUAAUGUCAAGCAAGGCUCCGUCCAUUGCAAAUUCGAUGAAUAGUCAAGCACAUUUGGAUACUCAUGUGUUGAGAAGACCAGUUCAGGGACGUGCCCUUUCUGGUACCUCCAUCAUUGAGAGUGGUCAAAGAAGUCCUAUGCAUACGGCAAUCUCAGAUAGGGUGUCAAUUCAGGAUCUCAGUCUACCUCAAGGAGACAAGAGCAAAAGAACUGUGAGUGUUUCCCAGUCCAUAAAUGAUGGGUGUAACAAUGACGUAUAUUCGUUCCAGGAAAGUGAGGGGGAGUUAGGAAGGGGUACCUCUACCGAAGAUGAGGGCCUGGACAGAGCCAACCCCACACAAGGAAAUAUAUCAACAAAUCAAUUGACGUCGCAGCAGUAUCUUCACACUUCACAGGCCCCAGCAGAGUCGUCAGUAGCCCAAUCUAUAUCCAGCAAAAACGCUUUGAAAAGAGAACACAAGUCGUCUACAACCUCUUCCAAGUUGAGGUCUACUACGUCGAAAUUAUUUGAUAAAAAAGGAUCACAGCCAAGAAGGUAUAGCACCAUCCCCGAUGACAUUGAUAUAGAGGACUUUGAUGAUGAGCUUAUCUACUACGACAAUAACGUCAAGUUCCCACAUCCCAAUGAAUCCUCAUCAUUGCUCAAUUCAAACCAAAGAAUACCACAUUACAGAUCGUUGAAUUUGAGCUUUCCAAGAACAAGAGGUCAAAGUAAGAGAUUUUUAUCUACCGGUCAGCCUUUAAGUCCCAAGGACCAUGAUUCAAACAAUGAUGGUCAUCACGUUUUUCCUUUUCCGUAUCAGGAGCAACAGCAGAAUUACUAUUAUGACAUAGAGGAUUUUGAUCAAAAGCAAAGAUACAGCCCCAAUUUCGAUCUACCAGAGCUACCUAUGCAUAAGAAAGCUUCACGAAAUUUCAGUCCCGUUAGUCAUACAUAUGGUAAUGGAGUUCACAACUCAUUAUUUAUGGGCCGUGCACCAGAGAAAAGAUCUAGUUGUGUUCGGUCGUUUUUAUACACUAUUAUUUGCAUUCUAGUGGUUCUUACUGUUGGUUUCAUAUUAGGAUUUGUGAUGGCAACCACAAAAGAUUUGACCGCAGUUAGCAUCAACUCGAUUGAGAAUCCAAUCGUUAGCAAAGACGAGCUAGUUUUUAAUAUCGUGGUGGAAGCGUUCAACCCUGGUUGGUUUUCUGUUGAUGUUGGCGAUGUCGAGUUGGAUUUAUUUGCUCGAAGUGGGUAUCUUCCUGAUGAUGACAGAGCCGAAAUUAAGGAGACCGAUGCAAAGGUUGAAACGGUGAAGUUGGGUACGAUUCAUUCUUUGGAGUCGACAAUGAACUUCAGGGGCGGAUUUUUUUCCAGAGAGUCUACUAUUCAAAAAGCAGAGAUUAAGUUACUCAAUCCGGGAAAGGAUGUAACAGAACAAAAGUCGCGAAACCGCAGUGGAACGGACCCGGACAAUACGGAGAAAUGGGAGAUCAUCAGUGAGAAUCCUUUCGAUUUGAUCAUUACAGGAAUAUUGAAAUACGAUCUACCAUUAGUUUCAACUACGAAAUCCGUUGUGGUUAGAAAAAUCGGUUACAUUGAUCCUACACUAUUCAUUUAG